AUGGAACCAAGCUCGAAUUCUACAUGUGACUCGGAUCCCGCGCUACAGAUAUGCGUCAAGUGCUGCCUUGAAAAACCAAUCGAGCAAUUCGUGUCAAGAACGAAAGCCAAGCGACCGACCACAUGGUGCAGCGACUGUCGACACUACGGCAACGAGGGCCGCAAGCGCUGGGCAGCGAGUAGGAAAUUGAGGCUCGAAGGAGAGAAGAACUCUGAGUCACAAGAGAAAGUCAACAACGGGGAAUCUGAGAAGGAACGAGAAGGCACAGCAACUCCAAUGUUCAGCAAGAAAGCCCAUCGGGUUCCUCCCAGCCGUAAUCAUCGGGUUCCUCCCAGCCGUAAUAUGGCUCCCUAUAUGAUACCUACAGAAACCCAGCCGCACAUGAACCCUGAGUCCGCGUAUCCCUCGACGAUCCCAGAGUGGACUCAAGUCCCAAUUCCAGGCCCGACAGCAAGAUAUCAGAUAUAUCCAAGCCCUGGUUACGUUCCAUACAUGACCCCUAUACCUGGCAACUACUCUCUCCCGGGAGCACUCACAAGCUUCCAAAUGGUCACACCUCCUGCUAACCCAGCCGAAAUGUACCCUAUGGUGUGCAACCAUGGCCAUGGGCCGCCAACUUCCAUGAUACAAAGCGCGCAAUGGGUCGCACCCAACUAUUUCAAUGCUAAGCCUGCCGUUCAAGACAACAAUGGGACGUGUACUAGCCAUCCCGAAAGUCAAGCCUUCGAGCAUGCUACUUCCAAAAACGAAAGCUCCCAAAAAGGAACCCCCUGUCAUGGCAUCUUGAAUUAUGGAAUCCUCGAUAACCGAUUUUCAAACAGUACCACAUCCCAGGCUGAAACCCCGGGUCCUGUGACGGUCAAGGAGAAAGAUUCCGAUAAUGGAGACACACUGAGAGUAGUCUCCGUAAAGGGAUCAUCAGCGUCAUCAUCAUCCACAGGUGUCGCAGUCAACGGACUUCGGGUCCAGUCCAAUGGGUGGGAGGAAAGAAAGGAGAAGAUCGGCGAAGGAUGUCCAGAAGAGAAGUUUCGGGUCUCUUCUGAGGAUCCUGUAUCUUCGCCAGCGCUAUAUUUCAUUUGCUUAUCCUGUAGCACUCCGAGGCCAACACGCCUGGUGGAUGACGGUAUCUGUGUUUACUGCUUCGAAUUUCCGACGCAAUAUUGCAUCCAAGGAGGUCACGAGGUUGACAGACCCUUAUUCAUGGACACCGAUGGGCGAUUACACGAGGUUUGCAAUCAUUGUCGUUCUACUUCCGGGUCACCGUAG